CAAACUGCCAUGGUAUCCCAAUACAAAGGAGGGCUGGUCUUUGGGCGAGAUCUCACACCUCUUCCAACUCCACUUCAUACUGCUGUUGCUGACUCGCCUCAUAUCCUUAUCGUGGGCGGCGGCGUCAUCGGCCUUGUAAACGCAUGGACACUCCUCGACCACGGAUACCGGGUCACGAUUCUCGCCAAAGAAUGGGCCUCAUACGGCAAAACCCAACGCCUGACAUCUCAAAUCGCAGGUGCGCUCUGGGAAUUCCCACCAGCGGUCUGCGGGCAGCACACCGAUGCCAUAUCCCUCCAACACUCGAAGCGAUGGUGCAUGGUCGCCUAUCAUAUCUGGGAUGCUAUGGCAGCUUCCGAAUCUUUAGCCAAGCUCUCAGGAGUCCAGAUGAAAGCUGCCGAUGUUUUCUUACCCGUCCCCAUCGAGGAAGAUCCUGCUCAGAUGUCAAAGAUGCUGGAUAUCAUGUCCAAUGGUGUCCGAGGAUUCAGGCGUGACCCAGCUAUCAUCAAAGAGAGGCGGGUUAACCCUACCUACGGCGCUGUUGACGCGUAUGAGCAUCUUGCACCUAUUAUCGACACGGAUGUCUGCAUGGCAUUCCUGAAAGAACUCGUUGCUGCCAAGGGUGCCAGGCUGGUUACACGGGCCAUUGCCGGCGAUCUCUUCGACCAAGAAGCCUCGCUACGUACCGAAUUCUCUGCCGACGUCCUAGUAAAUAGCACUGGCCUCGCAGGCACCGAACUUGCCGGCGAUGCGUCUUGCUACCCAAUCCGUGGCGGAUUGAUCCGCGUCAUCAACGAUGGAAGCGAUUUUCCGAAACUGGACCAUGCCCUCACCAUUCCAGCAAACACGACACACGUUUUGAGUGAGAUUGUGUUUCUCGUCCCUCGCAGCGACAACAUCCUACUUAUCGGUGGUAUCGCUGAGUCGCAUGAGAACACACUUGAUCUAACGCUUGAAUCUCCUGUCAUAAAGCGCAUGCGUGCGCGCUGCGAAGCAUUUUUUCCUGAUCUCGUGAAAGCAAGAUUGGAUAGCGAGUAUCCAUUCGCACAGGGCCUGCGGCCCUUCCGCCAACGUAAUGUACGGGUGGAGCGUGAACUACGUAUACACUCCAAAGGGGUAGACACGGCAACUCCAGUAAGCCGUAUCGUGCACAGCUACGGUCAAGGCGGAGCCGGCUGGUCGCUUUCAUUUGGCUGCGCCGGCGACGUCCUCGCUUUAGUGGAGGAGGCACUGCUUGACAUCCCCGCCCGGCCAAUGAUGUUGGAAAUUGUGGCACCGAGUUUGUAUAGCUUAAUAUACUACAAUUUCACUCUGGUAGUAAGAUGA